GAAGUGGCUCAAGUAAAUCUGCAAACAAUGUACUGGUUGCAAUGUGUUCAGUGCACAAAGCAAGUGCUUUCGAGGAUUCCAAAUGUUAAGGAGUUGGGAAUAAUCGCCCAAGGAUGCAUAUCCCACCGUUGUUUAGAUGAUCUUAACUGCUUAAAAAAGCUGGAGAAGCUAAAAGUUCAGGGCACCUAUCGUCCUAUAGAACUGCAGUCCAGUACUUUUCCACAAAACCUCAAGGAGAUUACCUUUGCAAAAACUCUCAUUCCGUGGGAAGCUAUGAACGUUAUCAGUAUGUUGCCCAAUCUUGAGGUGCUAAAACUCAAGAAUCAUGCCUGUGUGGGACAAGAGUGGAAACUAAGUGUAGAGAGGGGGUUCCCUCAAUUGAAGGUUUUGCUAAUUUCUGUUAUGGAAUUGAAGCAAUGGGAGCUGGCUGAUGAUGGUGAGUAUACAUUCCAAGUCCUUGAGCGCUUAGUAUUGAGAAAUUGCUUUGAGUUAGAAGCGAUGCCAAGUUGGAUUGAAAACCUUAAUAAUCUGAAGUCAGUUCAGUUGGAGCAUUGCCAUGCUUCCCUUGUGAAAUCUGCCAGGAUGAUUGAAAAAGAGCAGCGUGAGUGGAAAGGAGAAUUUGCAUUUCACACUCAAGCAGAUGAAGAUCAAAAGUUAUGUACACUCACUCAGGUCUCUCUCCCUCUCUGUCACUCGUUAGCAGAAGAUAGAAAAAUGGUGAUUCCAUCCACCUACCCUUAAUAAGCUUUUUAAUUAUUUCCGUUUUAUUAUAUAUAUUAUUCUACCUCUUGUGAUCGAACUUGACCAACUGUAAAAGCAAAUCUGCAAAUCUUUUGCUAUAUAUGCAUGCAGAGUGUUUUCC